GGCUCAAGCAAGGAACGGUGCUUUUUGUUGUCCCCGCUGGGGCCCCACCCGCCGCUGACCAGUUUCCAGGACAAGAGCAAGGCCAUGCCCGUUGGGAGGCUCAUCAAGUGGCACGCGGACAAGGGCUUCGGAUUCAUCCAGCCGGAGUCUGGGGGCGAAGACCUGUUCUGCCACGUGACCGCCCUGCUGGAUGGCGAGGGCAGCGUUCAAGAAGGUGACUCGGUUCGCUUCCAGGUAUCUUACGACGAUCGCAAGGGCAAGGACCGCGCCGCCGAGGUGGAGCUGGCGAGCGGGGGCGGCGGCGGGGGCGGUCGGGGUCGCAGCCGCUCCCCGCCACGGCGCGGGCCGCCGAUGGGCGGCGGCGGAGGCUUCGGCGGCGGCGGCGAGGUGAGGCCCGGGGACUGGACGUGCCCAAGCUGCGGCGCCAACGUGUUCGCAUCCAAGCCGGAGUGCUUCAAGUGCGGGACGCCCAAGGGCGGCGGAGGCGGCCGCGGCGGGCGCAGCCCCGACCGCGGCGGCCGCGGCGGCGACCGCUACGACGACCGCCGCGGAGGCGGCAGGGAUGACGACCGCCGUGGGGGCGGCCGCGACUACGACGACCGCGGAGGCGACCGCAGAGGCGGCAGGGACUACGACGACCGCGACGACCGUCGCGGCGGGCGCGACUACGAUGACCGCCGUGGGGGUGGCUACGACGACCGCCGAGGCGACCGUGACCGCCGCCGCUGAGCCAGCCCACGGCGCACAAGCAGCGUCAAGGGUAGCGUGGACGCGGUCAGCGCCUGACGCCCGGCACCGAUCUUUUUGGGAAUAUGCAGCGCUUCCGCGAAACCGCACCUGCGCGUCUGCGUGGCAGGUUUGCCCGACCUUGCGGGCGGACGCUCCGGUUUAUACUGCGCAGGCCAAGGUUUGUCGCG